AUGCGCGCCGUUAUCUCGCCAAAAGCUUUCUCCUGGCCGCCGCCGCCGCGUCGCGCGUUUGAUAAUACGCGGGUAUUGUAUACACAGGCAAAAACAACAAAACAAAGGAACGAAGCGAAAUCCGCCACUGGCCGCUCACCGAAUGCGGAACGGAGUCGUAAUAUUAUAAACAUAAUAUAAUAUUAUAUAGGUAGGUGUAUACACGCACAGUUGCGAUAGUGAUAAUAUUACAGUAAAAAAUAUCGUCAAUCAAUUGCGCCGCGACCUCAUUUAAUAAUUAUUAUUAUAUAAUAAUAUCGCUCAAAAGUCGGCCGUCCCGCGUCCGUCUCGGCGUGAACUUUUUGGUACACCGUCUAAUAUACUGCAGAUCGUAAAUCGUCGUCGUCGUCGUCGAUCGUUGCAAAUAUGGAUGCUGGUCCGCAAGCCUACGGUGCCGGCAAAGUCGGCGGCGAGUUCAACAUCCAAAACUUUGUCCGCAAGCCGCACGUGUUCGUCAGGCUGUUGUCGUUGUUGUUUGGUUUGAUCGUCUAUUUUUGUGCAUCAUCUGGCUCGUGGACUACAGACGUAAAAACCAACGAAGAAGUAUGCAUGUUCAAGCUUAAGAGUUUUGGAUGUCACAUUGGUGGCGUGGUGGGCUUCACGUCAGUGAUUGGAGCAGCUGUAUUCGUCGGCGGCGAGUAUUAUUUCGAAAACGUGCCGUCGGUAAAAAGCCGUAAACAUUACGUGCUCAUCGACCUUGGAUUCUCGUGUCUAUGGUCGUUUUGGAAUUUUUUACUUUUCAUUUAUCUAGCUGACGCAUGGGGUAACACACCCGAUUUCCCUGAUUCAAUCAGCACUGCCAAUCCAACCACUGCCAUUUAUUUUGCAUUAUUUGCUACUUUUUCUUGGGGGACUUCUGCAUACUUCUCAUACCAAAGAUAUAAUAUGGGUGUUGAUCCAGCAUUUAUAUCAUCUUUUGAAGCCGAUCAGUUUGGAGCGUACGACGAAACGCAAAAUAACAGUAACAAUGAAUGUCCGUUUAAUAAUCAGAUGUCGGGUGAAUAUCAAACUCAAGCUUACUAAGUACACAAUCAGUUUUUAAACGAUGAUACUGAACAUGCCAGCAGAUUGUGUUUUUACCACACAUACCAAAUUAAUUAUCGCCGAUGGUAUUACUGGUUUUAUUACUUCACAAUAACUAAACAACGUAUUUUAUUGAAUAGUUAGUUGCGAGUAGUAUCAAUUUUUGAAAUCUGUAACAAAAUGAUUAGUAAUUAUGAUUAUAUAUGUAAUUACUAAUUUGAUUUUAUAUUUUUUUGAUAUACUUAUUAUAUCAUUACAUUUUUCAACUAAUAUUCUAUACAUUAUUGUUGUUGUCCAUUUAAACAAACAUAAGUAAAUCUUAGUGAAAAAAAAAUGUGAAAUAACUAUUAUUGAUAUUGUUAAUAGUUUUUCUUUAAAUAAAAUUAUUAUAAUAUGCGUCGAUGAAAGUUAAAAACGAAGUAUAAUGCAUCAUGGCGCUAAGUUUAACGAUCAAAUUCUUAGGGUUUACAUACUCCAUAUAAUAUACAUAGAUAAUAUGUUUAUGUAUAUUAUACUGUUAUAAGUAACGUACAAAAAAAAAAAAAAAACAAACAUAA